UCUUUCACUUUAAUUUCUUACUGAAACGCCAAAAAUGAAGCUUCAAGUAAUAAUCAUCCAUGGCUUGAUAUACACCACAAGUUUCUUCCUGUUAAUGGAGUUCUCGUCAUCUGCAACAUCUCAAAAACAUAAACUACCUUACAUGACAGUAGAUGUAGAGGAAAUCUCUAGUAAGACAUUCAAUUUUAUUGUCGUAGGAGGCGGAGCAAGUGGUUGUUCUUUAGCGGCAACUUUAUCGAAUGAAUUUUCAGUUUUAUUAGUAGAGCGUGGAGGAUCGCCUUACGGGAAUCCAUUAGUAUGGGAAAGUAGGAAUUAUGGACUUGCAUUGAUGCAAACCAAUGAAUUCUCAUCAAUAUCGCAAAGUUUUGUGUCCGAGGAAGGAGUAGUGAACCAGAGAGGAAGAGUAUUGGGUGGUUCAACAUCGAUUAAUAGCGGAUUUUAUAGUAGAGCUAGUAAAGAUUUCAUUGAAAGGAUUGGAUGGGAUGAAACAUUAGUGAGAGAAGCAUAUGAAUGGGUUGAAUCGAAUAUUGUGUUUCAACCAAACCGCAGUGAAUUGAGUCCAUGGCAGUCUGUUGCGAAAGAAAGUUUUGUUGAAGUAGAAGAUUUAGUACCUUUUAAUGGUGUAAGCUUAGAACAUGUUGCAGGAACAAAAAUUGGUGGGACUAUAUUGGAUGGGUACGGAAAAAGACAUUCGUCAGCAGAUUUACUAAGUGCUGGAAAUGUGAACAGAAUCAAUGUUCUCUUGAAUUCAACUGUCAAGAGUAUCAUCUUCAAUCAUAAUGGUAAGCAGCCAACCGCGCAUGGCAUAAGAUUCAUAAAGAGUGAUGGUAGCAAUGAUAAAAUCUACCAAGUUUAUCUACGCACAGAGAAAGAUUCACUGUUAGUGUUGGGUGAUGUAAUAUUGUCUGCAGGAGCAAUGGGUAGUCCCCAAAUACUCAUGUUAAGUGGUAUUGGACCUCAAGAACACUUAAAGCACUUCAAUAUAUCAACUCUCAUCAAUUUGCCGGAGGUGGGUGAUAGUAUUAAAGAUAACCCUUGCAUUUCUCUUCUCAUAGACUCACCGAAAACUUUGAUACCAGACACACCUCAGGUUGUGGGAAUAACCCAAGAUUUCCAAAUCAUAAUUCAGUCUGUUAACAGAAAUGUAAAACAGAACGAGACGAAACUGAUGUUUGUAGCUAAAGUUGCAUUCCCGGUAUCCAAAGGGAAGUUAGAGUUAAAGAAUACGGACCCUAGGCAAAAUCCUUUGGUAAGAUUCAAUUAUUUAGCUGAGAAAAGGGAUUUAGAUAAGUGCAUAAAGAUGAGUCAUUUGCUUGAGAAUGUUGUACUAACGAAUUCCAUCAAAUUGUUUCUAAAGAGUAAACAAAAUGAAGAAACUAUAAAGAAGUCUAGUUCAGAGGAGUUAAGAGAACUCUGCAAGAAGAAUGUGAGAACGUAUUAUCACUAUCACGGUGGGUGCGGAAUUGGGUCUGUUGUUGACAAGGAUUAUAAGGUUUAUGGAGUCACCGGAUUGAGAGUUAUUGAUGGAUCAACUUUGCCAGAUUCUCCAGGUUUCAUAUCAUUGUCUCUGUGAAGAUGGGAGAGGUACCGGUAAAUCAACACAUGAAGUCAUCAAUAAUUGGACUCAACAGAGAUACUGCACGCCAGUCCUAGUUGUUGAAUUUUCUGUUCUUCCUAAGCGAGGUACGGCUUACUAUUAGCAGUAAAGUGCCGAACAAACCCAUUCUAACCCACUUCAAUAAGGAAUGGAAAUGAUGACAGUAUAAGCUUUCUUAGUCCUUAUUAGUUAUUACCUCCCUAAAUACUCGGUAGAGAACCCGAUCCAGGCUUCCUGGAGAACGCCUACCGCCAGGAGCGUGAUCUUCAAAUUUAUACGUAAUUAAGAAUCUCAUGUAUUAAUCGAGAAAGAAUAGAUAUAUGCGGAUUUGAAUCAAGUUACAAGUUGUAGUCUUUAAUAUCCUACAGUGUGUACAAUAAAUGUGUGGUCACUCCCACGUAAACUGCUCCGCUCUAACGAUUGAGGGCCUCUCUGGAGUUUCACUUGACGGCCUAAAGCAAUCUUUUUGUGUUUUCUUUCCUAGCUAGCUAGUGGUCACAUUGCUGAGUGAAGGGAGGAUGAAGAUAGCAU